AUGGCUGCUGUUAGACAGCAGGUUUUGAACUGGCUAUAUAGCGUCUUGACCAGUGAAUAUACAGAUGUGACCCGCACAUACAACGACGUAGCGCAGGCGCUCUCGCAUUAUUCCUCCCUAUCUCCGCGAACCGACGUGUACACUUACGAAAAUGGCGUGUCGGCACUCCUCCUCCACAUUUCAGGCACACUGCCUGUCCUUUUUCGUGGGACAACCUAUAGAUUUCCGAUAGCACUAUGGGUACCGCACGCAUAUCCAUCGGAAGCGCCUCUUGUAUAUGUGACACCAACGGAGGGAAUGAUGGUCAGGCCGGGUCAACAUGUUGAUCCGCAGGGCAAGAUAUACCAUCCGUACUUGGCGGGAUUUGCAGAAUUCGACAGGUCGAAUAUCAUGGAUUUCCUGGCGAUUCUACGAGAUAUUUUUGGGAGGGAACCUCCGGUCAUUUCUCGACAACAACAAAAUGCCCCUCGACCACAGCCUGCUGUGAUCCCCCCUCCAGUGCCACCACUUCCUCCCGGGGUUGGGGUAGCUCGAACAAGUUCGCCAAUUCCAAGCCACACAGAGAGGCCCCAGUCCCAACCUCCGCCUCCUCCACCGAAGCCUAUAAACAAUCCACACACAUACUCUCCUUCUGGUCCCUCGAGAGAUAGCGGGCCUCCGUUACCUCCUUUGCCUCCACAGCAAGGAUACGACAGUGGGCGAUAUGGACUCCCAGCCCAACAACAACCCAAUGAGCCACACUAUGCUCCUCAAAGAAGCAGUACCCUUCCAUACGAAAAUUCUCAGAGAAGCAGUAGUCUUCGCUAUGAGACGGCACCUCCUUUGCCUCCCCAACCUCAAGGGCAACCAACGUUACAAGAAGCCUCAUACAGUCCAGUCAGUCCAAUAACUCCCCCCUUGGAUCCGUUCCGACGGCCCUCCCAUGCCCAAACCUUCCCGCUGCCCCAGUCCCAACCCAAUCCCCAACCCCAACCACAACCCAAAUCAAUCCUCAAACCACAGACAUUUAACACACAUCAGAAUCAACAACCCAUGCCUCCCUCCUACACGCGGCAACAACCCUACCAAGGCCAGCUACCAAAUCCCCAAUGGCAACAACAAUACCAACCCCAAUUCACACCUCAGCAACAACAGCCACAACAAAAACCCCCACCACCCCCCGACCUCCUCGACGCCCCCCUCGUCCUCUCAAUUCCCUCCCACGCCUCCACAAACCUACCCGCUCCCCCGAUACCUCCAAACCCAGAAAAAGACAUGCUCCUGCACAACCUCAGCCGCUCCUUGUAUUCCCAACGACAACACACACGCAACCAGACAUCUUCCUCCCUCCCCGGACUAGCAGCACAACACGAAGCAAUGCUCAGCGCUCUAAACACCAUGCAAUCUGAAAUCUCCUCCCUCGAAGCACUAAACAGCCUCUUGACAACGAAUACGAAUAUCCUCCACACAGCGCUGCAUGAUGCAGACGCAAUGAUUGAGUCAAGCCAGCACCGAACCGCGCCAAAUGUUGACGAGUUGCUCGUUGCGCCUACGGUGGUAGCCAACCAGUUAUACGAGCUUGUGAGCGAAGAGCGGAGUCUAGGCGAUACGUUAUUCGUGCUUGGGCGUGCGGUGGAAAGGGGCAGGAUCGAGGCGAGUGUGUUUGCGAAGAUGACGAGGAGUUUGGCGAGGGAGUGGUAUUUGAAGAAGGCGCUUGCGAAGAAGAUUGGGCGCGGGAUGGGGCUGGCGACUUAUUGA